AUGCCCAAUUGUCAAUGUGCGGCUGCUGGAAACUGUCAGACGCAUUCGAGACAAACAUCUGGAAAUUCGACUCCUGUCGAGAGACACAGUAGAGAAAGACGCAACUCAUUGAAUAUAACUAUCGGCGCUGUGAGUCUCAGUUAAAACUCUUGAAACUAACAAUAAAUGUUCUGUUGAUAGCAAUGCCUGUGACUAUGGCGACUGACGGAUUCAUCUACAUUUAUUGUUAAAUUUUCAUUUUUAGAGAGGGGAGCUGCCAUUUUCGCUAAAGGUUACGCAUAGGAAAGUGAAUUGACAAGUCGACGGUUUAGAUUACGAAAUCUAGAUAGAUUACAAACACUUUACCUGAGUCUUUUGUAACCAACAGGUCUCUGCGCAAGCCGAGCCAAAGCUCGGAAGCGGCAUUGCCGCCUGUUAAUUUUUCCAGCCCUAGGGGUCAUUAUUCAGUGACAAUUUCUAAGCUAACCUCUCCAACUUUUCAGCAGAACUUCAGGAAUUUUAAUUUCUGCUCAAAGGCGGCUAAUGGUACUCGCAAAAGUUGCUGAAGUUCUGCGCAGAAGUUGUCAUCGACUAAGAUUUUGCUCUAAAGUGGCUAAACAGUUAUUCAAAAGCUGCAUGAAGUGAUGAUGGCGCUGAACGUUUGCUGAGAAGUUGCUGAAAUGUUGCUUAACAAAUGCUAAUCCCAAACGUUUGCUCGAAAGUCGCUGAAAUUUGUGUUCAAAAGUCGUUAUUUAUCACGCCAACGUUUGCUGAGAAGUUGCAAAAACAAAAAUUAAAUGAUUUUGUCGUUUUCACUGAAUUCUUUUCAGGGCCAAUUACCCACGGUAUCUCCAGAGCCAAUUCCUCGGAAAAACAGCGUUGAAGUUAAAUUUCGAAAGAAUCGUCGACAGUCAGCUCCUUGCAUAUCAAACUUUGCCAACUCCACAUCUCUGAAAGAGAAACUAAGCAAACUGCGUAGUGCAAACAGCUCCGAAGAACUGAAUGAGGAGGAACUAAAAGAAGAAGUCGAGAAUUUUCACAUUCAGGCCCGGAAGGUUUCUGUAACGUCAUAUAGAGUUGUCUGA